AUGAAGGUCCUCAAGGAGCGUGACAGCUUUCUUUCCAACUACGAAGUUGCAGAACAUCUCAAGGAAAUAAAAAAGAAAUACAACUGGACUUUCACCAAAGAAGAUGAACAAGAUCUUCACAACGAUAAGAGAAAGAACAAGAAGAGGUUUGCAGCUUGUGGAGUCAAUUUGGAAGUGAUUACCAGAGACAUCUUGUCUUACGUGAGCAACUCUGCCACUGCUUCCAUCGAUUCAACAGAAAAGUUUUCUGAGUUGGUGCAAUUCUUGAAUAAUUACGAAUUGAUGAAAGUUGAAAAAUUACAGAUUGUCAACUCAUUGCCGAGAUCCAUGGUCACGUUGUAUUCGAUAGUUGAGGAAUGUGACCAACGUUUUGAUGAACAGAUAUGUAACAAUAUUCUUGAAAAAAUU